GUAAACGGGGCAUUACCCAAAUUAGCAGUUUUACAAUCGGAGUAUGCCACAUUGUGUUGAAGUGCUCCGGGUAAUCCAGAGGCAAUAAAGACGACAUCAGUUUAAACAUCCGUACAAGUUUAAUAACUUUUGAACUUACAUUGAAAGAAGCGCAAUGAGUUCAAACGAGCACUCGCUUCAAGCGCUGUCAUGGAGAAAACUUUACUUGAGUCGAGCCAAACUCAAAGCGACCAGCCGAACCUCCGCUCUGCUCUCCGGCUUCGCUAUGGUGGCGAUGGUAGAGGUCCAAUUGGAAGAAGAUCAUAAGUACCCUCCUGGCUUAUUAAUUGCCUUCAGCGCCUGCACGACUGUGCUGGUAGCUGUCCACCUCUUUGCUUUGAUGAUCAGCACCUGCAUUCUGCCCAACCUGGAGGCUGUAAGCAACGUCCACAACCUUAACUCCAUAAAAGAAUCACCACACGAGCGAAUGCAUCGCCACAUCGAGCUGGCAUGGGCCUUCUCUACCGUCAUCGGUACCCUCCUCUUCCUUGCAGAGGUGGUCCUUCUCUGCUGGGUGAAGUUCCUCCCUUUGAAGAAUAAAAAGCCAGAGCCUAAUGAACCCACAGAACCUCCAGGAAUCAGCCCAGGAGAAGCUGCUGCAAUCGCUUCCACCAUCAUCAUGGUGCCCUUUGCCCUGGUGUUUAUUGUUUUUGCGGUGCAUUUCUACCGUUCACUGGUCAGCCACAAAACAGACCGGCAGUUCCAGGAGUUGGAGGCUCUGUCCAACAUCACACGGCUGCAGAACGAGCUGGAUCACAGGGGAGAUGCCACCAAUAUGCAGCCUUCUUCAGCACAUUUUGCCUAAUCCAAUGGUAUACGCAGCCACGCCCGAAUGGAGGGCCUCAAAGCAGGAAUAGAGGGGAUGGGUCUGACCUGAAUAUUCUGCAAUUGGCUUUUUUUCCAUAAAAUGUGAAAAUGGCUCUUGCAAUGUGCUCUGUUUCUGGCCGGUGAUCUUAUUUGCUUUGUUAAUUACUCGUAUUAAUUUCAUUUUCUGUCUCAUUGUUAAAUUACCAUACCACGAAACAAUGUUUUAUUUCAAAAUACUUUGAUCAUCGAUCUGUAAACAAUUGUUUGGGCCCUCCUAUCAAUACUAACAUUUCUUAAUUUCCUAAGUAGGCUGAAACACUGUCUUGUUUUCUUAUGUGUAUGAACCACAUGUUCCUGGAAUGAGAUUUGUCAUCAAUGAUUGUACCUAAAUAUUUAAAAUUUGAAACUUGCUCUACCUUUACACCAUUUAUAAUAACUUGUUCAUUUGAAAUGCCAGUCGUACUUGUCCUGUUUUGAUUCCCACAGCACAAUUCCUUUGUUUUCUCAAUGUUCAAUUGUAGAUGACUUAUCAAACCACUGUACAAGACUUUUAACAUACUCAAAAUAAGUUGAACUAUUCGCAUCCGUCUGGCAAGAAAUGAAAAUGAAGUCAUCAGCGUAUUUGAUUAAAGUGAGAUCGUCCCUGUUACAUUGAAGUUCAUUAUUAUAAACAGAAAAAAGCAGAGGUGAUAAUACACAUCCCUGUGGUAACCCUGAAUUUAAGCCUAUACAAUUAGAUGAGAUUCCAUUAACACAGACACGUUGGGGCCUAUUUCUUACAAAUUUCUCAAUCGAUAACAUUAACCAACUACUUGCACCUAAAUCUUGCAAUCUUUCUUUUAUAAUGUUCGGUUGUACAGUAUUAAAUGCUGAUGUGAAAUCCAUAAAAAGAAUUCUAACAUGAGCAUUCGUUUUAUCUAAAUGGUGCUGGGCCUUAUGUAACAGGGUCAGGGAGGCAUCCACCGUACUCCGAUUGGGCAUAUAAGCUAUUUGUAAUGGAUCUACAGAGCCAUUCAUUUGUACUAACAGUUCUUUAUGUAAUAUACGCUCCAUGCACUUGCACAGAACAGAUGUCUUUAAGAAAAGGUCUUUAAGAUCUCUGGCAUGUGGUGUUGUCAGAAGCCUCGUAUUUCUGUUGUCCUCUGUGAAUGAGAAAGGUAGAGCUCCAAAAAGGGUCGUGAGCUUCAAAUUCUAACCUAAUCCUUUCCCUAAUCUUAACCAAAGUGGAAGUGCCGCCCCCUUUUGGAGUAACUCAACACUAUUUCGGAGAUUCCAACCCCCCCCCAAAUUUGGAAAAAAAAUAUUUUGUGAUUCAGCCGAGCAGGUGGCAUCUUUUCAGUUUAUGUGCUGUUGUUCAUUUUCUUUUUUCUGUUUUGCAUGCUUUGAGUGUGAAUACAAAAUAUGGAUGAAGCAAUUUGAGAGCUAUUUUAAAGUGGGCUUUUAUAUUUUUUUUAGUCAACUGGAAUUUAAACUGAUAUAAUUUGUUUACAAAUUUAGACUUGUGUUAAGAGUAAUGUCUUUUAUUUCCAACUUAAUCAGAAAUUAUUUGUUUCAACUUGUGUGUAUAUUCUGUGUGUAAAUAUCUUAUAUCUUGUGCUGUUACUAUAGUUGCUUUAUUAAAUGUAUGUUUUUUUUUUUUAUUCAAACUUUACAUUCAACAAUACAGAAGUGUAUGUUUGAUUAUAUCUUUGAAAUGUCCAUUUUUACACUUGUACUAUUUUUAUAAUUUGCAAAGACUUUAGAGGAAGCACGGUGUGUUUUCUAAUACAUUUGUUUUAAACUUGUAAUCUGUCACUAUAAACUUGGGCUAUAUAUAUAUAUAUAUAUAUAUAUAUAUAUAUAUAUAUAUAUAUAUAUAUAUAUAUAUAUAUAUAUAUGGUUAAGAAAAUUGGCUGAAUCACAAGCAAAACAGUCAAUAUAAACAAAAUACACACUACAAAUAGCUAAAGGAACCAUGCAAAAUGUCUGAAGCUGAAAGCAUUUUAAUAUUUUGUUGAACAGUUUCAGUGCUAAAUACCGAGUGAGGAGGUCUUUGGAUUGCAUUUGUAAAAGUUAUAUUCCUUUAAUGGGAAUGCAAAUCUCCUAAAAAGGCGUCUUUUGUAUUUUGGAAUUUCAAAGAAACAUAUCAAAAUUAAGGGAGGUUUAAUUAAUUUAUUGUAAUAUUUCUUGAUUUUAUUAGAUGCCAUCUGGGAGAUUACAUUUUUGCUGGUUAAUUCAAAGAGAUUAUACUACUUACCUACUUGUCAAAUCGAAUGCAAUGAUUUACUAAAUAAAAUGUCCAAAGGCUUAUCAAAAAGUUUUGUAUUAUUGUGCAU